AGAACAAGAUUAGGAGCAGUUCUCGUCCUUUUUCUUCUUCCAACUGCUUCUCUUUGCUCCUCGUUUUUCAACAUAAAAGAAGAUGUCCCACAAAUUGCCUUCCGCAACGGACAAGUACUACUUCGAGGUGCUCAGAAAUGAGGAAAAAUCCGAAAUGCUCAAGUUUCUAUUAGAAAGUUUUCGAGUUGAUGAACCGCUUAAUAGGGCAUCUAAAAUAUCCUGUGAAGAAAUUGAAAAAUGUCUGGAUGGAGCACUUGACAGAGCUCUCAAAACAGAAUCGUCAAUUCUCGCGAGGUCCCAAGACACUCAUGAAAUUGUCGGAUGUAUGCUGAAUUCCGUAUGGAGACGUGAUGAAUCUUUGUGCACACCGGGAGAAGAAGACAAGGAUUUUGAAUUUCAUACAAUUAGAAAAGAAGUUGCAAUGGUUGCUGAGAUAUUAAAUGAACUUCAUGAAAGUUUCUGGAGUUUGAGACCAGAUCAGGAUGUGGUUUUGCAUUUUGAAAUUUCGUCAGUCAGUGUGAAUCACAGACGCCAAGGAUUAGCAUCAAAAUUCAUGAAUUGGACUGAAAAUAAAAAAUUUUUGGAUACAUUUGGAGCAACUGGCAUUGCAACUGAAGCUUCAUCUCUUGCUAACCAAGCACUUUUGGCUAAACGUGGAUAUUCAACAAUAGCUACUACUUUGUUGGAUACCAAAGUUGAUCCAGAUACUGGAAAACCAAUAUUAGUUUGUGACGAUGGAACUGAUCGAGUCAAUUUGAUGUUCAAAACAUUCUGAAAAGGCAAAGUGUGAUUGCGAUGAAAUCUGGUUGAAUAAUAUUUUGAGUACAUGUACAAUUUCUUCUGUAAUCUUGGUAAAAAUUUCUGGUACUUUGAAUAAAUACAUUUAAAUUU